AUGAAUCCGACGAUGAACCAGGAGGAAUAGUUGAUACCUCGGGCGGGGGGAAUGAAGAACGGAAUUGGCAAGAGCGCACCGACAAUGAGCGCAUACAAGUGGCCGUGGUACAAUGUUCCCGAUCCAAACUGCCUCGUGGGGCCAAUGAGACCCCAAAUGGCCGAAGCAGUGAAGAAGACACCAUUGUGCGGGCAGACCAAAAAGUCUUUUUGGCAGACGAUCAAGCUCGAGACGGUUUGCACGUGGAACGAGGCGCGAGGAGGCACCUUCAUAUAGUGACCGAGCUUCAAGUCCAUGACGAACGACAGGGCGGUAUUGAUGACUUGGAUCGAGGCACCAGGAAUCGUCUCUACGAUCAAAUUGAUGGCAAUACCCUGACCAGUGACCGCAAACACGAGACCACAAGGCAAGAGGUAAAUCACCGGGAUGAUCAACGAGAGCGCCAUGGCCCACACGGGCAUACCCGUCGGCCAAACCUCAAUGGCCACCACGACCAACAUGAAGAAGCCAAUGGCAAUCGUCGCAUACCAACUGUCGGGAACCUCGGGAUACUUGCGCAUCAACUUGGCGUGAAUAUCAUCUUCCUCUGUCUGAAUCUUUUUGACACCGUUCCAAAUAGUCUUGCCGUGAUAGAGGAUCGUGUGGGUGAGGAUACACGAUGCCAAGGUAAACGCGAGGAGGUAAACAAGAGCAAAAGGGCCAGGGAGAUACAAGGCGCUAUACUCGUUGUACCGUUCAAGGUCGAACGAGUUGGUCGUGGUAUUAAAGAUGGCAGUGAUAUUAUACUUGUGUCCAAACCGAUCAAACGACGAUUGGCCACCCAUGGGCAAAUAUCCAAGCUUCCAGACCUAAAAAGUGAUGGGGAGGAUGAACCAGUACAAAAACGCAAAGCUGAGGAAAAUGUGCACCUGAGCCCACCAGGGAAUCAUGAGCGGGGAUCCAAUCCAAGCGAUUUGAGCCCAAUCAAAGGUGAUGAGACCCAUGCCAAGUCCGCUGACCGUUCCAAACAAUUGCAGACCCAGCUGAAAAAGGACAAGCCCUGGAACAAGAACGAGGGCAAAAAGGUAUUCAUGAGCGUGCACAUGACCAGAUUGGCCGGCCACACCAUGCUCGCGGGCCACACGAGGAACUGUCUCGCCAUGCCCGCCAAUCCGAGCCCAGUCAUCUGGGUCGCGAUCAAAAACAUGAGUUCCCAUCCGACGCCAAAGGGCGGCGGCGAUAUUGGCCAUCAUGUAAAUCAAAAUAUGCUCCUUGACAUUGAACGGACCCGGAUUAAGACUGAACGAUCCUCCACCGAGAAAAGCGGGGAGAACCGACCCAUGGGGUACGCGACGAGCAAGACGACGAGUGGGGUGAGGAGUGGGGAAGGGUAUCGAAAGUUGAAAAAGGUAUUCAUCGAGAUGGCAAUGAUGCAGAGCAACAUGCCGCAAAACCACAUUCGGAAUGUCAUCGCGGGCAUCUCUGGGUCGUCCGUGUUCGACACGGACGCUCGCACUUCAGCAUACGGCGAGUCCUCUUCCUCCUCUUCCAUCCCGCCAGCUUCCUCCGUGUACUUCAGCGUGGUCGCCAUGUCCAUGACGGAUGUAUUCAUUUCGGACGACACGCGACGUUUGACACCGGGUGAAUUGGGCGCAUACGACGACGAAAACGAGACGCUGGUCGAUGGUAAAUCCACACGCACUUCUCUCGAAUCGGCUGAGCGUGUAAACGAUUUGCUGUUAUUGGUGGCAGCACUCGUCGGAUUCAUCAUUGGCAUCGGGGCAAAGGUGGUCGGGCCUACUGUACCGGGGCUGACUGGAAUGGGACGCAUGCUGUAUGCGUUUGGACCAAAGUCGCUGGCGGGUUCAUCGUUGGAUGUUGGGGUUGAGUUGGCGGGUAUACGACGAGGCUCCUCCUACGGCUGCCCCACUCCCAUCGAGCCCAGCGGCGGCUACGAGGUUAUGGAGUUGUGCAGCAGAGGUAGCUUGGGGUUGUGUUACAGAGGGGACGUGUUUGCGGGACCUCCACCGUGUGCGGUCGACGGUGGCUCCGAAUCCGUCCAAGCGGUCUGGGGACGGUACUCUGACGAUGCGGCCGUGUACGGCCUCGACGAGUUUGCCGUCAUGGGGCGUCCAGACAUCUUGCUCUAG